UAUGGGACGAACUGUGGACACGCCUCUCUCUCUAAACAUGCUUCACAUACAGUAGAUAGAAGGAAGAAGCACAAACGCCAACGCGUAAACAAGAACAAGGCGCACACGCUAUUUCUGAAUCGGAGAAUUGGUAAACGUGAUGUUCAAUCUAAGUCUUGGUGUUUGACGUCCGCCUCAGGUGACGCACCAUAAACGACGCUGCCCUGAGUCCGCACCCGCUCUGUGAAGAGACACAGGCGGAAGUCAGCUCCGCGCCGGGAUCCGGACGCUCAGCUCCUGAUUGUGACAGAAUGGCCGAAAUAGAAAAGCCGACGAUAGUAAUUGUAGGAUGCGGCAUAGCUGGUAUAUCAGCGGCAAGCAAACUGUGCAAAGCUGGAUUCCAGGAUGUGCGAAUACUUGAAGCGACCUCGAGAAGCGGAGGACGAAUAAAAACCGAAAAGCUGGGUAAUUACAUCACAGAGAUCGGUGCAACCUUCAUCCAUGGCCCAUGUAAGGAGAACCCGGUGUUCUGUUUGUCUCGGGAUUAUGGGCUCCUGGAUCGAGAGGCCCUCACCCGGAGGAACCAGGCUAUGGACAUCGGUGAGAGUCCUCCCUGGGUCACCAACUGGUUCAGCAGUUCAGGCCAGAAGCUGAAUGCUAAACAAAUGGACUCUGCUCUGGAUAUGUUUGAUAAGAUUGUGGAUGAUACUGAGCAGUUUAAGAACCAAAGAGAAACACCCUGGGCCAGUGUGGGAGAUUUUGUACGAUCAAAGGUAAAAGAACAAGCAACAAAGAAAUGGAAAGGCAAAGAUGAAUCCACCAGGAAGCUGCUGCUGUGUGCCAUCAGCUCCAUGAUGAAGUUUGAGUGCUGCUCCAGUGCCGUUCACAGCAUGGAUGAGCUGGACCUGGCUGCAUAUUGUAUGUACAAGGACCUAAAGGGACUGGACUGCACGUUCCCAAAUGGCUAUGAGGGCCUCAUCAAGAACAUGAUGUCAGAGCUUCCCUCUGACUUGGUGACCUACAACAAGCCUGUGCACUGUAUCCACUGGAACAGCUCAGAGAGCCAAGCGAGCACUGUGACAGUCGAGUGCGAAGAUGGAGAGAGGAUACCUGCUGAUCACGUCAUUGCCACGGUGCCUCUAGGCUAUCUGAAGAGACACUGCUCAACCCUGUUCUCUCCCUCUCUACCGGCAAACAAGCUGCAGUCCAUCCAAAAUCUAGGAUUUGGAACAUGCAACAAGAUAUAUGUGGAGUUUGAGUCCCCAUGGUGGGACGCUGAUUGUGAUGUCAUCUACCUGGUGUGGAAAGAUGAGGAGGAUUUUACAGACAAGGUGUCAGAUAUAAGCAAAAACUGGAUAAGGAAGAUGUCAGCAUUCACUGUUCUCAAACCCUCAGAAAGUCACAGCCAUGUUCUGUGUGGAUGGAUUGCGGGACAUGAGUCUGAGUAUAUGGAGACUCUUCCUGAACAAGAGGUCAAACGGGCCAUCACCGAGCUUGUCCGUACCUUCACAGGAAACUCUACCAUCGCACUGAAGAGAAUCCUACGCUCCCAGUGGUUUAAUGACCCCUGGACAUGUGGGUCUUACUGUCACCCCACAAUAGGAUGUUCAGCGAAGGACCUUAGGAACAUGAUGGAGCCUCUGCCGAAGAAGGGAUCAGAAUCACAACCCCUACAGGUGUUGUUUGCUGGAGAGGCUACUCAUCCAUGCUACUAUUCCAGUGUCCAUGGAGCCGUUCUCAGUGGUUGGAGAGAAGCUGACCGUCUCAUCUCUAACUACCCCUCCAUCAAUGCUCCCCAGGAUUAAAGAUAUGACUGUAAUAGGUGUAAAUGCAAUUAGGUACCAGAUAUCAGUUGCUUCUUAUCUCUGUUUGAAGCUUUCAGCAUUAUCUACUAAUGCAGAGGCUAAUUUGGACAAACAAGUUAAAAGUUGUUUUAAUAAAGGUUUUUAAUUCAUAAGUA